AUGGUUGAGAUAAAGCAAGUAAAAGUUGAUCUGCUCACAUCGGGUAAAGAGCUUGGAGUUUUGGAUAACCCAACUCCCAAAAUCUCCUGGGAGGUCGUUGGUGCUGAGAAGCAUUGGUUCCAGGGAGCCUACCAGAUCAGGAUCAAGUUGUUUAACAGUGAAGUUACCACCUUCCCGGUUGUCAAGUCUGAAAAAUCGACCUUUGUGGCCUGGCCUUGGGAGGACAAAAAGCUCGCUUCUAAACAACAAUUUGGCGUCUCCGUUCGUGUCGCUUCAAGUGAAGCUGAGGACCAGUUUUCCGAAUGGAGUGAUUUUUUUGAUUUUCAAGUUGGAAUCUUACCCAUCGAUGCUUGGGAACCAAAGUUCAUUGCCUUGAAAGAUCAAGAUGCGAAUGCAUCGGAAACCCUGUUCAGAAAGGAUUUCCAUUCUUCUGGUGAUAUUAUGUCUGCUAAAGUGUACAGUACUGCCCUUGGUAUCUGCGAGGUUGAGAUCAAUGGAUCCAAAAUCAGUACCAAUUAUCUAGCUCCUGGCUGGACCAGUUAUCACAACAGAUUGCUUCACCAGGUUUACGAUGUGUCUGAAUUCUUGACCGAGGGUGAGAACGCCAUUGGAGUCAGGGCUGCUCCUGGAUGGUAUAGUGGUUAUUUAGGCUUUGAUGGUAGGUGCAACCUUUAUGGAAAAACAAGAGCUAUCAGCUUACUCUUAGAGAUUAUCUACGCGGAUGGGACCAUCAAGAAGGUGAUUACUGAUGACUCCUGGAAGUCUUCUUCGGGUCCAAUUGUGUUGGCUGAGCUUUACCAUGGAGAAACCUAUGAUGCAAGAUUGGAGCAAGAUGGCUGGUCUUCCCCAAGCUUCAAAACUAAUAAUUGGUCUGCUGUUGAUGUGGUUGAGUUCACUGGGAAGUCUAUUCUUCCCCAAUCUUUCCCAUACAUUCGCCACAUUGACACAGUUAGGCCACAGGAGAUCUUCACCACUCCCAGUGGAAAAACCAUCGUUGACUUUGGUCUCAAUUUGGUGGGCUUUGUGAGAGUCAAAAAGACAUUUGCACCCGAAUCACACACCAUCGUGUUGCGCCAUGCUGAGGUUAUGGAGAAAGGUGAGCUUGGAGUGAGACCCUUACGUAUUGCUAAGGCUACCGAUACCUAUACGUUCAAAGGAGAUCCAGAAGGUGAAGAAUGGACUCCCAGAUUCACCUCCCACGGUUUUCGGUAUUGCGAGAUCAACAACUGGUAUGGUGAAUUGACCAAGGACUCGAUUGAGUUGGUUGUUAUCAGCACCGAUAUGACUCCAGUUGGAACUUUCGAAAGCUCCAAUACCAUGGUCAAUCAGCUUCAUGCCAACGUAAUUAGAAGUAUAAGAGGAAACUUUUUGGGGUUGCCAACCGACUGUCCUCAAAGAGCGGAGAGACUUGGCUGGACGGGUGAUAUUGCUCUGUUUUCGCCAACAGCUUGUUUCCUGUUUGAUUGUGCUCCUCUUCUCAGGAACUGGCUACAAGAUGUGAGUGCUGAGCAAAAGGAACACGAUGGUAUUCCACCACUCGUUGUUCCCGAUGUAGGUGGAUAUAUCCUUAGCGAAAGCGAGGGGUGUGCUGUCUGGGGAGAUGUUGCGGUAUUGGUUCCCGAGGCACUCUACGAUGAAUAUGCCGAUCCUCAUAUCCUCGAGGAACAGUUCCAGAGUAUGGCUGAUUGGAUCAGGGCUAUUCCAAAGCUUGAGAACAAAGUGCGCUGGCGUGAGGUGGCAAUCCAGUUUGGAGAUUGGUUGGACCCAGCUGCUCCUCCAGAGAACCCUAUUCUGGCAUUGACCGACGCCAGAUUCGUGGCUGAUGCUUUUCUCUUCAAGGUUAUCACUGUAUUAAUAGAGACAACCAAGAUUCUGGGAAAAACCGAGGAGCUCGAGUAUUACACCUCUUUGGCGGCAAAGUGUAAAAAGGAUUUUGCUGAUGAAUACUUGGCUAUCUCCGGAAGAUGUGCUUCCGAUACUCAAUGUGCCUAUGCCCUCGCUAUAUGCUUCAAUCUAUAUGCCAACAAGACCCAGGUUGAACAUGCAGGUAAAAGAUUGGCGGAAAUUGUCAGAAAGGGCAACUUCAAGAUUGGCACUGGAUUCGCAGGUACUCCAUACAUUACCAAGGCAUUGGCUCAGACUGGAUAUGCCGAUUUUGCCUACAGAUUGCUGUUACAAACUAAGUGUCCAUCCUGGUUGUAUGCAGUCACUAUGGGAGCAACCACCAUCUGGGAGCGUUGGGAUAGUAUGGUUCCAGACGGAACCAUAAACCCUGGUGAGAUGACUUCAUUUAACCAUUAUGCCUUUGGCGCUGUUGCUAGUUGGAUGCACUCGACUAUUGGCGGCUUGUCCAAAUCCGAACCUGGUUGGAAGAGUUUCAAAGUUGAGCCUAUUCUCGGUGGUGGGUUCACUCAUGCAAAGGUAACUCAUCGUUCUCCUUACGGGUUGAUCAGUGUUUCGUGGAAACUGGAUGGUCUCAACUUCUUGAUGGAAGUUACGGUCCCACUCAACUCUUCUGCCGAGGUUGUCUUGCCAAAUGGCAAAAAGAACCAAACUGGUUCUGGAACUUGGUACUUCAACUGUGUUUUGAAGGAAGAAGAUUUAGUGGACACAGUUAUUCAAGCCGAGAAGGAUGAUGUAACUUUUCGGUUCUGA